CUCGAAGAAUUAUCCAAUUCAGCACUAGUGGGUUUUGGGAAAACAAUAUACGAAAUUUCUUCACCAGCUCUGUAGACUUUAUACAUAUCUUUAUCUUUACUUACGAGGCAAUAUCGAAACUCUGAGACUGUGGUCAUGGUCGAUGCACCAAUUCUUGAAUGCCUUCAUGUUGAAGAUAAUUGCUUGGUUCUUUAUUGUUUGAAGAGCCUAUCCUCAUUAGUUAAAGCAAGUGUUUGUGUUGAAGCCCCCUAUCCAUAUGCUUUUUCAGCCAUUACACAGGUUAACCAAUUAUUUGGGCUUUUGAAAGCAUUUUCUAAUGUUAAGCAUCUACAUCUAAAGGCUAGCACUAUGGCAGCUCUCGGCUUUGCUAAUGACAAAAAUUGGCCUGCGUUUCCUAAUUUGACCCAAUUGGAAUUGGGUGUUUGCCACAAUUUUUGCUGCAAGAGUUUGUUUGACUUGCUCAAUGGUGCACGUAAUCUGUGCACUACGGUAUUUGCGAAGGUACCACUUCAUGAUGGUUUUGCAUAUUCAGAGCAAUUCAAUUGGUUUGAACCACAAGGGGUGCCAAGUUGUUUGAGGUCUUCCCUUAAAGAAAUUAAAAUCUCUGGCAUUGAUGCGUCCCAAGAUGAACUUAAUUUGAUAAAGUAUCUAUUGAAAAAUGCGAAGGUCUUGACAAAGAUGACAAUUAGGAAUGUAAUUUCAAGAAUGGAAGAAGAGAAUGAGUUUCUUAAGAACUUGUCAUGGCUCAUAGAUGUUCAAAUACCUGUCAAAUUGAACUUGUUUGAGAAUUCAUUGAUCAAGGUUUCAGGUGGCAUUUCUUCUGGAGGUAUGUGCACUUAUUUUGUUGAAAGUGAUUGAGUAGGUUGACCCACAUUUGGCCCAUGGAGAUAGUUGUUAGAUUUUGGUUCCAAAACCUAUGCUUUGAAUUCCAGUUCACUACUCAGACUGCAUUAGA